AUGCGUGGAGGAGUCUUCGAACGCCUUGACUGUAUAGUUGCCAACGAUAAUUGGAUCAAGUUGGCUCCACACUACAGUGUUAAACAUCUUCCACGGAUAAAGUCUGAUCAUCGCCGGAUCCUACUUCAAACCAUGGGUGACCAAAGACCCUUCUACCCUAGACCAUUUCGGUUCCUCGCGGGGUGGACGAAGCAGCCGCACUUCAAUAAGGAAGUUUACGGCCAGAUCCCUAUGGAGAAGAGGAAGCUCAAACAGCAGCUUGCAGUUGUUCAAGCUAGUAUGGAUCGCUCCGGUAGUGUGAACUUAAUUGACAAGGAAUUGGAUAUUCGUACCAAGCUUGAAGAGGUUCUUGACAAUGACGAAAUCCUCUGGAGGCAGAAGUCUAGAAGCGACUGGAUCAUAGACGGAGAUCGCAACACUAAAUUCUUCCACAGUCAGGCUCUCAACCGUAGAAAAGUUAACCGGAUCCAAGCACUAAAGCUUAGUAAUGAUAAAUGGUGUUACGAUGAGAAUACACUUAGUACCAAAGCUAUUUCUUUUUAUGAAUCCCUGUACGAAGACGAUGGUGGUCGUUUGGGUAAGUUCCCUAUUAGGAAUUCCUUCCCAAGGCUUUCUCAAGAGGAAGUUGAACUCUUGACGGCGUAG